GGAAAGGAACGGAGUUUUAGUUUUGUAAAUAAUAAACUACAAGGGAAAUGAAAUAUGCUACCUUGUCAAUGAUUUAAAAAAACGACAAGUUUACUAAAACGUGAGGAAUGGAAUCUAAUUAAUAUAGAUUUUUUUACUGCCACAAUCCACCUAUUAAAAUAGGAAGUUAUUUCAGAAGAUGGAUAACAGAAUUAUCACGGUCGACCCUAAUGGUAAUGGCAAACGAGGACUUCCUAAACUUCGUGACAUCUUUCGGCGACAGAGACAAGAUUCUGAUGGAGGUGCAGAAAGUCCAGAUCUUGACUUUGUAUAUGCAGAUGCUGAUUCGUAUACCAACGAGAUUGCUGAACUGUAUAGUUAUACUGAGCAGUCUGAAUUUCAGCUUAAUGUCAAGGCGUUUGAAGAUCUGAUGGAAAUGUAUGGACUGACACCUUGCUGGCAAAAAUUCAGUCUAGAAAAGAAAAAAUCCACAAUAACAAAGUUGUUGGACCAACUGGAAGUUUCCAAUAAAGAUCUGCGAAUGAAAGCUGCCAGAUGCUUUCAGUACUUGGCUCAGGGCUGUUGGGCGGAGAUGCAGUCAGAUAAAGAGCAGCAAGCGUGUACAAAGGACAAUGUUUUCCUUCUGUACGAGUGUGGGGUGUUUCACGCCUUUGUUGAGCUCCUCAACAUUGAGAUAGACAACUUAGCCACAGCGUCUACUGCAAUGCGCAAGCUGGCUGUGAGCCUAGCAGACUCUACAGAUCUGCGAGUGAUACUGAGUGUGUUGUACAUCAUCACAGAGACUAUCCGAUGUGUCAACGAGGACGACCCCCCUGAAUGGCACAAUGUUGUGGACAUGUUCAAAAACGACAUCAGUCAUCCAAUGGGAGAAGAGCUGCUGGUGGUUAAACUGUUUGGUAUGGUGACUAAGUUCUGCGGCAACUCCGCUCCACACUUUCCCAUGAAGAAAGUAUUGUUGCUGCUAUGGAAAAUGAUUCUAGUAUCUCUCGGUGGCAUGAGUGUGCUUCAAGAAUUGAAAAAGAAGUACCGUGAGCAGGCUGGGCUCGCUGUUUACGAGGAGGACACAAUAGAAGUAGUGAGGACUAUGAGAGCUUCCUCCCCACCAGCCAGUGCAGCGGACCUGCUGUUGCUGGAGAAUCAGACUCCGAAUCAGAACCAGCGACGCAACAACCGGCCAUUCCGUAGGAGUCUAAUGAAGCAAAGCUCGCUGGACGAGUCACUCGGAAUGGACUUUGAUCAGUCAGAUGAAGAAAUGAGAGAGUUUGACGAUCAACAAGCUAUGGAGGACGGAGGGGAGAAUACACGUCCUUCCAGUCCACGGCCCUCCACUCCCACCCCUGCUAAAGGUCUUCCUUGGCUUCCGAAAGUUAGACAGAGAGAUUUGGAUGUGUUUCUGGACAACACGAGGAUCAAGUUUGUUGGUUUUCCUCUACAAGGUGAUAGAGAGUCGCUUUUUGGACUGCCCCAACCCAUUCAUGAGAGCGUUCACAUUUUGAAGCAGCAUAUUUACACAUCCCUGGCUGAGAUACAAACUCAACAAGAAGAAGAUUAUGCUAAAAGCCCAAUAUCAGUGAAAGAACCUCCCAUCUCGCUUACAGCCUCUGAAAUACUUUAUCAAGCCCUGCUAGCAAACUUACCACAAUACAUGAUUGCCUUGCUGAAAAUAUUAUUGGCUGCUGCUCCAACAUCAAAGGCAAAAACAGAAUCAAUCAACAUCAUGGCGGAUGUUCUACCAGAAGAAAUGCCGAUGACAGUUCUACAAUCCCUCAAGCUGGGUACGGAUGUCAACCGACACAAGGAGAUUGUAGUGAAGGCAGUGUCGGCCAUCUUGUUGCUCCUACUGAAGCACUUCAAGCUCAACCACAUUUACCAGUUUGAGUUCAUGUCACAACACCUGGUGUUUGCCAACUGUAUACCACUUGUGCUCAAGUUCUUCAACCAAACCAUCAUGGAUUUUGUUGGCGCUAAGAAUGUCAUACCAAUCCUGGACUUCCCCGCGUGUGUGAUCGGUGACCAACCUGAGUUGACAGCCGAGAGUUUAGAGAUCGGAGACAGUCAGCUGUAUUGUUGGCGUAACGUGUUCAGCUGCAUCAACCUGCUGCGUAUACUCAAUAAACUCACCAAGUGGAAACCAUCCCGCAUAAUGAUGCUGGUGGUAUUCAAAUCGGCACCAAUCCUCAAGAGGACUCUGAAAGUCCGUCACGCCAUGAUGCAACUGUACGUUUUAAAGUUGUUGAAGAUGCAGACCAAAUAUUUGGGUCGUCAGUGGAGGAAGUCCAACAUGAAGACUAUGAGUGCAAUCUACCAGAAAGUGCGUCAUCGUCUGAACGAUGACUGGGCAUAUGGAAACGACCUAGACGCCAGACCUUGGGAUUUCCAGGCUGAGGAGUGUGCGCUGAGAGCAGCUGUUGACAGGUUCAAUACACGCCGCUACAGCACCAGUAGUUUGGACCCAGACUUUGAACCCAUCGACACCUGUAUCACAAGUGUACUGGGCUCCCUCAGUGGCAUAGAACUUACAGAAGAGUUCAAACAACACUACGAGCUUUGGCUACAACAAGAAGUGUUCCAGUCAUCCACCAACUGGGACGAGAUACUCCACUACAGCUACAUGUAGAUGUAACUCUGUAACUGACCUUGUAAAUACUGUACAGUCUGUGUCCUUGUAUGUGUGAUUGAACUGUUAAGUAUAUCACAGGUAAAACCAUAGAUCAGUCUAAUUAGUACUAAAAUGAGACUGACGUUUCAAACAAUGGUUGUUAUCUGUGUAAAUUUCUGUGACGUAUUAACAUACUCAAUCCGUUGUUCUUUGGCACUUUUUUAAUCACAAAUCAGAAAACACCGUAAAUGAGAUCUUGCAGAGAGAAAUUGUGACAUUGGGACAGGUUGUACUUUAGCUGUAUUUUUCAGAAAAGGCCAUCUUUAUCUGUUCUGACCUGAUGAGCAAAGUUGUUAAGGAUAGGUAAUAUUUAAAGUAAACUUUUUUUCUUAGUAUACCAGUUAGUUGUCUGUCUUACAACAACUAAUCCGACCACAAAUCUAGCGUUUAAUGUUUUGAGAAAAUUCUCUAAACCGAUACUCAAAUAAUUUAGAUUCCCCAAAGCAGGGAAUCACGUGUUUGUUUUUUUUCUUUCAACUAGUUAUGUGCAAUGAUGAGGAUAUAGAGCGGUCUUACUGAUAUAUACAUUUAAGAAACUGUACCAUAAACCAAACAUUAUUUAAGUUGUCUCUUAUACAGUACAACUAUAUUUUCAAGUUAACUCUGCCAAUGUCGUUUUUUAAUGGAUAACUAUACCUUAUUUAUUUUUCUUUACUUGACUAGACCCUCAUUUAGUUUGUAAAAAUUGUGACUGAAAGUUUUGUUAAAGUUAUAAAACUAAGCUUUGAGUGGUAAGGAGUCAUCUUGUAAAAUAUAUUCUAUAUUAGAAUGCCGCUACUGAUUGCUCUCUGUUAUUGGAGGGAGGCUAAAAGAUCCUUGAAUGGCUUUUGUUUAGUUUUUUUUUUUCGUGUUAUUUACCUAUAUCAAUACUUAUUUAUAAAAAAAUAUAUUUAUCUUAAGCCUGUAUAAUUUUCUAUUAACAAUAACUGUAAAUUGUGUGUAGUAAAAUCUGACACCUUUAA